UGGAAAGUGACGCAAAUGAAAACUUUUGAUUGCAGCUCAGUAUCCAUGUUACUCAUGCUGCUUAUAUCCGUAUCUUGUUUUCCCACGGAACGUAAUUUCAUUCAUGAGUUAGCGUUGCUUAUGAAAACCUGUAAUAUUGUCUGUGACACUUAAUAUGCGUAUGCUUACUAUAUACUCUGCCAUUACUGUUUAUGCUUCUUCUUCUUCAAGAAUUGCUUGGUAGCACAGAAAGAGAUAGCCGUUACUCGUAACCUUUUUCAUUUAUGUUGGUCUCUCCCCCAUCCAUACGCCAUUUUCUUUAGUACGUCUAUGCAUCUUUCCUAAAGAUUUCAGUCUUGAUCAGAAGCUCAACUUUUUAACCAAGGCCUAUUAACAUGGUGUUGCAAGAUUCAUCUCAUGCAUCUGCUUCAUCUCUUCAUGUUCAAGUCAAUGCAUAUGAACUUCCGGGGGCCGAGGUAAAGCGGGGGACAUGCGCAGAAUCAUGCAACUUACCAAGCAUUAAUUCGCUCGGGGAACGUAUUUCUAGCUCCAUUAAUCUUCUUCCUACCCCAGGUACUAAGAAUGCUAGAAUGGAGAUGGGCAAACACGUUUCUGGUUCUAUCAAUCUUCUUCAUGCUCCAGUCAUCCAUGAUCCUGGGAUGAAUAUUUGCAGAGGAAGAAACUCAACUGCACUACAUGCUGGUAAAGGCAGAUAUUACAGAAAUUGCUGUUCCGAGGAUAGCCAUGAUCUGUCGUUAAGCCUUCAUUAUUGCCAUCCGCAGGCAACCGGCACACCCCCACAGAAAAGGCAAAAUGACUUGAACAUGAGAUUCUCAAACUGUAACAGCUUUACUGCAGAAAGCGUGGAGGAUGGUCAUAACAGAGCUCACAAGAAAAAGAUUGGGAGAAAUAACUUGUUAAGAGAGAAAGGAUGUGCAUAUACUGCUUCAAAUUCAUCAGUAGCAACGCAGAUUGCUUCGCCAUCAGAACUAGCAUUAUCCAAAGUAAGCAUUAAGAAUUCAAGGUUCCUGUCAGUAGCACAAUCCCUGCUUGAUGAAGCUGUGAGCAUCGGGAAGGAUGUUGGUCCGGGUCCUCCGGGAGUAUGGACACAGUGCUUCUUGCCAACACCUUGGAAUAUGACUGAUAAUCGGCCGGGAGGGAUAACAAUGUGCACCAUGACAGAUCAGCUGGUUGUUGAUAGAGAAAGGAUCAUGGCGGACUGCCACCAUCAAUGCUCAUCCUCAAGAAGAAAGGAUCUCUGCAUUAGAAUCGAUAAGCUUCUCAGCUUGCUGGAUAAGGUUGAGAAGAGAUACCAGGAGUACAACUCCAGCAUGAAAAAAGUGACGACAUUGUUUGAGGAUGCAGCAGGCAGCCAUGCUGCCAAGUCAUAUACAUCUCUAGCACAGGAUACAGUAAAUGGAAAUUUUCAGUGCUUGAGAGAUGCAAUACUUGCUCAAAUCCAUGCAACAAAAGGUCGUCUUGCAGCAGACUCACGGCAAUGCAAGAACACGGCAUCCAAGUUUUGUCCCAUUCACCUGCAUAUCAGACAAGGAAGAGCUCCUCUACAUUUGGACAUGUCACAGUCCCAACAAGGUUGGCGGCAGCUAAGAGGACUACCAGAAAACUCAGUUGCGAUUCUCCGGGCAUGGCUGUUUGAGCACUUUCUUCAUCCAUAUCCUAAUGAUUCUGCGAAGCUUGCACUGGCAAUGCAGACGGGCCUGACCAGGAACCAGGUUUCUAACUGGUUCAUUAAUGCCCGUGUUCGACUGUGGAAGCCGAUGAUUGAGGAAAUAUACAGAGAGGAGAUUGAACAGGCUGAAGCAGAUGCCUAUGGUCAUGUUGAAGUAUGAACGUUGGUACAAUAUUUAAAGGACAGAUCAUGGACUUGCUAUUCAUGUUAUAGACAGUUGAUCGCACCUGCAGGGCUAUCUAACAACACUGAAAUGUCAUUUCUCUGAUUACUCAUUUUCUGUUUCACGCAGUGCAAUCUGGAGAAGCUGUUAUUUGCGCAAUUAAUCUUUAGUUCUGCAUUACUAAUGAAGGAACUUCAUUUGAUGAGAAAUAAGUUUUACUCAUUCCACCAAAUUCUGCAGAAACGGUGGAAUCACUGAAUACACCUGGUUUUUUGUUCGAAGUUUAUAAGCUCGUGAAACUAUAUCAUCGGUCAUUGAGUUCAGGGAAACUGAAUCACAAGGAUUUGACUGUUUGGAACCAAAAUCCCACUUCAAUCAGCACCGCAAUACCAGAUAAAAAAAGAUUUGGUUACAAUCAGCCUCACCAUUCGGUCAAAUCCCAUCAGAAACCUGCUCAAAUAUGUCAAAACAAAAUUCACAAUAACUCUUAGUUGGCAAACCUGGGAAUCAAACUUGGAUCGAUAGAUGAUCGGGUUAGUGGGUCAGCAAGUUGACUUGGCAACUCUGCUGAGUCAUGUUGAAAAUUUUUAGUGUAUUUUUACUGUAAUCUUGUAAUGCAAUCUACUAUCUUUCAUCCAGUAU